UCUGCGGUAACCCGAGCCCGCAGUCCGGGCGGGCGCGGCGGCCGCGGCGGUAGCUGAAGCCUCAGCCACUGCUCCUCCAAGCGGCCCGGAGCCCGCGGCUUCCCUGGCUCCCGCGAGCAUCUCGUGGGGGUGGUUCUGGCCGGCGCCAGCCCUCGGGCCGGGCUGGAUGACCAGGCGCCUGUAACCACCCGCCGCCCUUACCCGGCCAGGCGCAGCCGCCGCCCGGGCGCGACUCGCCCGGGGACCCUGCACAGGCAGUGUUGUGCUCUGAUUUUUGGCUCAGUUAAGCAACUCUUAAUAGAUAAAGAAGCUGAGGCAUGGAGAAAUCAGGUUGAAGAAAUAUGGAUACCAACCACAAGUGGACCAUCAGCAUUAUUUGCACCAGCUUUUUCGUCUUUCAGCUUCUUUUCCACUUUGUAAGUUACUGGUUUUCAGCAAAAGUUUCUCCAGGUUUUAAUAGUCUCAGCUUCGAAAAGAAGAUUGAAUGGAACUCAAGGAUAGUAUCUACAUGCCAUUCUUUGGUGGUUGGGAUUUUUGGCCUAUACAUUUUCUUUUUCGAUGAAGCUACUCAGGCUGAUCCACUUUGGGGUGAUCCAUCACUUGUGAAGGUGAAUAUUGCUAUUGCUUCAGGCUACCUCAUGUCUGAUUUGUUGAUCCUCAUUUUAUAUUGGAAAAUAAUUGGUGACAAAUUUUUUAUACUCCACCAUUGUGCAGCAAUUUAUGCAUACAGCUUUGUACUGAGAGACGGAGUGCUGGCCUACGUUGGGAAUUUUCGCCUGCUCGCCGAGCUUUCCAGCCCUUUUGUGAAUCAGCGGUGGUUCUUUGAGGUCCUGAAGUAUCCUAAGUUUUCCAAAGCUAACGUCAUCAAUGGAAUACUCAUGACUCUGGUGUUCUUCUUUGUACGCAUUGCCACAAUACCACCUAUGUAUGGCUUCAUGUAUUCCGUGUAUGGAACAGAACCCUACGAAAGACUUGGAGCAUUAACGCAGUUCUCUUGGUUCUCUACUUGUCUUGUUUUGGAUAUGAUGAAUGUCAUGUGGAUGAUCAAAAUUUCAAAAGGCUGCAUCAAAGUCAUCUCUCUUAUCAGACAAGAGAAAGCCAGAAAUAAUCUUCAGAAUGGAAAACUCGACUAAAGGUGUGCUUUCUCAGGCACCUUUGUUUAGAUAAGCAAUUCUUAUUACUGCCCAGCCUUAUCUCUGCUGAUAGGAUGAAUUCUUGGCAUGUUCUUAAUGCUUCUUCAUUAAUGUAAUUGUUAUUCAGGGUUUCAGUGUCUUUUUUUCUUUUUUACCUUUAGAAAAGAGAAACUAACAUUUAGUUUUCAUUCCAAGGUAAUUUUUUUCUUCUGUAUUAGCAUGGGUAAAACCUUAAAGGUUUAAAUAAAAAUUAUAUAGUGGUGCAGCUUUUCAGAAAUCUCUUAACCCAUAUUGGUAUUUUUCUCUGUGGAAAGAUAACUUGGUGUACUUGAUGUGUGUCACCAGUUUUCCUGAAAGAAUGAGAAUUUCUUUUAAAUCUACAAAUAGUGUUUAACAUUUGUUUACUGCAGACUUUUGUUACUCUGGCUGUCAACACCUAUAGAGGGUUAAUUUUUAAAUUGUUGACAUGUUCUUUUCCUAGGCUAUUUCAAGUGAAACAUUUUUUUUUUUCAUUUCAGGUAUGCAAUCAUCCAUUAGUCAUGAAGUAUUUUACUUGGGAAUAUUUCAUUAGUUUAGUCAUGGAAAAAACUUUCUGUGUUUUAAGAUUUUUCAGAUGCCUAUUUCUGUUUUUAGCUUCUUAAGAAAUUAUUGCAUUUUUUUCAUUUAUAAGGCUUAAGCCAUCCAUGGACCUCCUUAAAAGAUGGAUUUCUUCCUCUAAAAAUGCAUGCUGUUAGAUGGUGAUGUAGCCCAACAGGAGGAAUCAUUAAGAAAAAAGCUUUAACACUGCUGUCCCUAUAUGCUUCCCUUGCACUCUUUCUGUGAGAAGUAUUUUGAUUUGCAAAAUCUCUCCUAUGUUCAGAUCUAACAUCAUCAGUUCCAGAGUCUUAUGAAGUAUGUGUUCAUCAUGCUCCUAUGCCUCUUGGUGAGACCAAACUACAAAAAAGAAAAAUCAGUGUUCAUAUUUUACUCAGAGUUUAUACCCAUUCUUGCUUGGCCUUUUGAGUACUUUGAAUUUCUAUCUUUCUUAAAUAACAGAAAUAGGUAAUUUAAUCCAAGUAUUCUUAUCAAAAUUAUUGUCAGUAUAUGAAGGUAAAUAACUCCGGUUUGAGGUGUGUGUGUGUGUUUACUUUAGUUCCUGCAAUCCAAUAGAGAAUUAUAUAUUAAGUUAUUAUCACCUUUAUUUAUUUUUCUCAAAUACUUGACCUUAUUGAUUGUUCUUAUCUAAGAAGAAAAGAAAUUUAAUCGGUCACUGGUGAAUACUUGAACCCAGACCAAAAGAUCUGAUCCAUUGAGUUGCUCAGUCUGAAGGUGAGUGUUUGACUCAUGUUCAGGGUUGGGUUGUGUUGUGAUGAUGAAGGGAAGCUAGCCAAAUCUGAUUGGACUUCAGAAGUUCACAUAAACCCAAUUAAAAUAUGUUCAUUUUUGUGUAAACACUUUUGAAAUCCAGGCAUAGUUUUUUCAUCCUCCACAUUUUCCCUGAGUCUCUUGAAGCCCUCUCGCAUGAGCAAGGCUUUGGAUUUGAUUUGAUUGUCCAACACAGAUAGAGCCUAUUAAGUUUUAGAACAUUUAAAGAUGGGAAUUAAAAUCUUAGUCAAUAAAUGGUAAAAUGAGAUUGAUUGAUUUGCCCUAGGUACAUUUAUUUUUGAAGGACUUCAUUAAAGUAAUGCAAAGUAGAGAUAUUUGUCUUGAAAGCAGAUAAUGUUACAUUGAUAAUUUGUUAUUAAAUUUAAUGUUGUCCCCAUCAGAAGUACUUAAAUAUGUAUUGGUUGUCUAGAGAGGGUGGGAAAGCAAGUUAUUUUAUCUUGUUCUUGAUCUUUUGCAAGAAAAAGGUGGAUUUAUAAAAAAAGCAAAACAUUUAUAUUAUAAAACUAUUUUGAAAAUUCACUCCUUUAGAAAGAAAUAAACCUUGAAAUAGA